AUGGCCACGCUCACAUCCCGCAUCACCCUCAAGGGCGACGAGCCCGCCGGCCCCGAAGACUACCUCUCCACGUCGCUCGGCGUCAUCUUCCCCGACGACGUCACCAACCAGCACGGCGACGCAGAGCACUCGCUCAUCUACGCCUCGCCCAAGCUGCCCAGGCCGCUGCUGAUUGAGCUCGCCGAGCCCGAGGGCGAGACGGACCGCCGCCUGUUCAGCCACUACCUGUGGAACGCGUCGCUGCUGCUGGCGGAGCUUAUCGAGCGGGAUUCCCUGGAGGCUGAGAGCGAAGCUGGAACGACAGAGGGACUGGGCGAGGGACUGAGCUUUGACACGCGAGGCUUGAGCACCGUGGAGCUGGGCGCGGGGACGGCCCUGCCGAGCAUCAUGGCCGGCUUGCUCGGCGCAAAGAGCGUUGCUGUCACGGACUAUCCCGCCCCGGCGGUCAUGAAGACGCUGCGCGACAACGUUGCUCGCAAUAUCAAGCCCGAGUUUGCUCCCCUAGGGAGCGACUCCAGCAGCAGUCUCCCCGUGACGACGGACAUUACCGUCGAGGGCCACGAAUGGGGCGUCUUUGACAGCUCUUCUCCUUCUUCAUUCCCCGCCUCUCACGCCCACAGCGCCGACCGCCUCUUCGUAGCAGACUGUCUCUGGAUGCCCUGGCAGCACGCCAACCUGCGCCGCUCCGUCAACCACUUCCUCAAGAAGACGGCGACGGCGCGGGCCUGGGUCGUGGCCGGCUUCCACACGGGCCGCGCCAAGAUGGCCGGCUUCUACGACGCCGAGGCGCUGCGCGAGGAGGGCGGCGUGGAGAUUGAGCGCAUCUGGGAGAGGGAUUGCGAUGGCGUUGAGAGGGCGUGGGAUGUGGAGAGGGAGGACGACAUCACGGUGCGCAAGAGGUGGCUUGUUGUUGCGGUGUUGAAGAGGUGUGAGGGCAUGGUUUUUGAAUGA